UUUGAAACUUUCCACCCUAAUCAGCUAUCACACGAUCUACUUUCCAAUCUCGUCAACGCUCCAAAUCUCACCACCAUUCAGUCCACUUUCACUUCCUCCUUGUCCUAAUCAUCUUUAAUCCAUCAGGGUAUUAUGGUAAUUACAUGAUCAAGUCUCUCUGCUAUAAAUAAAGCCAAGUGAACUUAGCUCAUCAUCACAUCAUUUGCAUACAAGAAAAUCAAGAAUUGGGAAGAAAUGGGAAGAGUUUUGAAUAUAUUUAUAGUUGUUUUAUUAUGUUUAACAGGUAUUGCAAUUGCUGAGCAAUGUGGUCGGCAAGCAGGUGGCAAGCUCUGCCCCAAUAACCUAUGUUGUAGCCAGUGGGGGUGGUGUGGCUCCACUGAUGAAUAUUGUUCACCUGAUCAUAACUGCCAAAGCAAUUGCAAAGACAGCGGCGAAGGUGUUGGUGGUGGAAGUGCUUCCAACGUUCUUGCGACGUACCAUUUGUAUAAUUCACAGGAUCAUGGAUGGGACUUGAAUGCCGCAAGUGCAUAUUGCUCUACAUGGGAUGCUAACAAGCCAUAUUCAUGGCGGAGCAAGUAUGGCUGGACUGCAUUCUGCGGUCCCGUCGGAGCACACGGCCAACCCUCCUGUGGAAAGUGCUUGAGUGUGACAAAUACAGGGACUGGAGCUAAAACGACAGUAAGGAUUGUGGAUCAGUGUAGUAAUGGAGGACUAGAUUUGGACGUGAAUGUUUUCCGUCAACUGGACACAGAUGGGAAAGGAUAUGAACGAGGUCAUCUUACAGUGAACUACCAAUUUGUUGAUUGUGGAGAUUCCUUCAAUCCUCUAUUCUCCGUUAUGGAAUCAUCAGUAAUUAAUUAAUAACAUUGGAUUGGAUGUAUGUUUAAGUCCAAUCGUAGUAACUAAGCUUCUCAAGCAAUAAGCAACAACAAGGCCAAUUAAUACUUCGUUGGCCACUAUAAAAACUUGUGAAAUGUUAUGAGUUGUUGAAAGAGUUUGUUGUUGGAAAUAAUGGCAUUUGAGCCAGCUCUGUAAGGUAUUGGUGAAGAUUAUUGGGAAGAUCGGCUAUCUCUUUAGUGAGAUAUCCAUUGUUUUCCUUCUCUUCUAAGUUGGGUGUAUUUGAGUUACGAUUGUGAGUUCAAGGUUGAGUGGCUUGUUAUGAGUGAAAAAAAUAUUUAAUGUUUUUAUAUUUUUUUUUUAUAUAAUAAAAGUUUUGUUUGCAUAA